AUGUCUGAAACUCCCAAACCCUCACAAAUCGAAAAGACUAAUAAUUACCUUUCACAGGAUUGUGUUAUCAAAAUUUCUAAGUUUCCAGAAGAGAAAGGUAUAAUUAUUGAAACAGUACAUAAAUGUUUUCCUUUCUUAUCUUACACUAAUUUGAACGCAUGGCACCGAGAUGUUUUUAAAUAUACUGAUUCGGAAGCUAAAUGCCCGAUAUGCAAAGAGAAAGUUAUAAUUGCUGUACAGAGCUUACCGGAAAGUCAAGUAAGUGUACCAAACAAAAUUCAAGAGGUAGAGCCUAAGAAGUUUUUGUCCAUUACAGAGGCUGAGAAAAAAAGAUGGUCCAUGGGAUGUUUCCGUGCUGACUUGGAGAGAGAUAUAUGCCUUUAUCGUGGAGGGAUAAAAAGGAAUGAAGAUACCAGAAAAUACCAUAAAUUUUUAACAGAUCAGGAGAGGCUGGUCGGUGAAGAGUUAUUGCGUUGUGAUAUACUAAAAGGUGGUUUAAGUACUGCAUGGCUUGAUGAUCUGAUGAAAGAAUGGGAAGAAAUCUAUACUCAAUUUAUACAAAUGUUCUCUCCAGAUGAGAUAACAACGAAGGCAUAG